AUGACUACAGACACCGAGCAAUACACAAUCUAUGACCCCUGUCCUGCCUGGGAUAAAGAGCAGAAAGUAACAAAGCACCUCAGAGAAUACCGCCUACAAGCCUGCAACGGACCACUGUACUGGGAUCGCUGGCCUCCAGUGGUGGAGCAGUACGACAGGAAAGCCCUGGCAGCGAAGCAACUCGUCAUUGACAACGAUCCGAAAUCCGCUCAAACCCUCGGAUUCAUACCACCAGAGAACCCUCAACCACCAACAGUCCUUCUCUCAAGCCAACCAGGCAUUGAACUCGUACGCAUCACCGACCUGGACCACUACGACGACCAAAUCAUGAUCUUACUGAUUUGGGUCAGCCAAUGGUUAGCUCUCGCCCGCGGCUUCCCAGCAGUCCAUCUGUUCUGCGACAUCGUCCGACUCUUCACCAUCUACGGCGUUGACGUAGCAAACGCCGUUCAAGUGGAGUUCUGCAAGCAUAUAGCCGGAAUGUUGAGAUUCCCCUGGGACCCUGUCGAAUUGCACCUGCUGUUUUCCAAUCUGGAAAGCGAUAUCCACGCACACGAGCGCCAUCCCGAAAAAAAUCCGGAAACAGAAUGA